ACUCCUGAGGAUUCAAACAGUCCUUUCUCCACGGAGAAUACUGAAGGAACUGUUCAGCUGCCUCUUCUGAGACUCUGCUGCAAGGGGAACAAGAGCCCUUCACUGAAAUCCUCCCACCAUGCUGAGGCUGCUGCUGCUGCUGCAGGUGUUGGCGAGCUGCCUCUGGCUGGGGCACAGCGAGGUGGUGGAGGCCUUUCUAGGACCUUGUGCUCUUUUUUUCUAUGAGAAAACCCCCCCACGUGGUGCCCUGCGUCCAACGAAUGCAGCCAGGAUCUGCCAGUUCUAUGACAACAAAUAUCGCUUUGCCACACUGUAUGACAGAAACAACAGAAUUCCAGUGUACUCUGCUUACAUCUGCAAGCCUGGACCAGGAGACAGAGAUCAGCCAUGGUUGGUUGAGCCUCAGCUGAUCGACCAAAGUUAUCACAAGUAUAUGGAAGGAGAGGAUUCCAUCAUACGAGAAUACAAGAUCAAAUCACAGCAGAUUGCCAAGAAUCAGGCUAUUGACAAAGACUACAGUGAAGCCCUGUUUCUGGACCGUGGUCACUUGUGUCCCAGUGGCCACCAUACUGGUGAUGACAAGAACGCUACCUUCACUCUCACCAACAUAGUGCCCCAGUACACAAUACUCAACCAGGGUGCCUGGCAUGACUACGAGAACACGGUGGCCCAGGAAUCCCAGGGCUGUGACACCACCUAUGUCCUCACGGGUGCUGUACCUGGGAAGACCUACAUCUCCAAUGGGAGGGUUAAUGUACCCAGCCACAUCUGGUCAGCUGCCUGCUGUGUGAGGGGCAAACAGCCCAUAAACGCUUGGGGAGCCAUUGCUGAGAACAAGAAAGACAUGAACGUGGUGACUAGACUCAACCUGAAGAGGCUAGAGAAGAGUUUGUCCGACCUCUAUGAGGGAAAGGAUGUUACUCUGUUCAAAAAUUCCUGUUCCCAGCAGUAA